GCCUGAUUGAGGGAAGAUGGCGGCGGCCGCUGGAGGGGGGAGCUUCGCGGUCUCGGUGCUGGCCCCGAAUGGGCGGCGGGUCACGGUGCGGGUGGGCCCCGGCACCACUCUGCUCCAGGUUGGUCCUGGCCGGGCGGGGAGGGCCCAGCGGAGACACGCCCCGGAUUGGCGCGAUUCUAGAGGAAGUUUGUGAGAUGCAGAACUUCCGUGCCAACGAGUAUGAUUUGAAGUUUCAGAGGUCUGUGCUAGAUCUUUCUCUGCAGUGGAGAUUUGCCAGAUUGCCCAACAAUGCCAAGCUGGAGGUGGUGCCAAUUUCUCGUAACAGAGCGGGAACUGAAAACAGAGUUCAGAUUGCAUUGCAGUUGGACAGUGGUUCCCGGUUACAGGACACCUUUCGCUCUGGCCAGACGCUGUGGGAACUUCUCAGCCAUUUUACACAAACCAGGGAGUGUAUGGAGCAGCACGGUGAAUUCUCUCCAGUCUGUAUUUACAUGCGAGAUGAGAUAGCAGGGAAAGCUGCCCUGGAGAGGACAACACUGAAAUCACUUGGUCUGACUGGAGGCAAUGCCAUCAUCAGGGUUGUCAUGAAGAAAUGUGGCUCCUCUGGCCAGGAGGAGGCUGUGGGCAUGGCGGCCCCAUUUAGCAAGCUGCCAGUGAGCCCAGUCUCUACUGAAGGAGCAGUAGAUAUGCCAUUACCUCACACAAACAUGUUCUCAAAGGACUUGGACCCCAGAGAUGUGGCCUUCUCUUUAAACAACUGCACAGACAAGCAGGACUUGAUUAAAGUAUCCCAGGCCAGCUUGGGGGAGUUGUGGCCUCCCUCAGAUCCUGCGCCUGCCCCAUUUGUCCCUUUCUUUGGAGAUGGACAGCGUCUGGGGGGGACCCCUGUAGCUGCAGACUUACCAGUGUCAGAUAUGCUAUCUUCAAAGCUGCCAACAUCUCUCUCCAGUCCUGGAGGCCCUUCUAAGCCAAAGAAGUCUAAGACCAGCCAAGAACAGCUAAAGGAGCAAGAGCAGCAUUUGGAGCGAGAGACAGUCGUAUGCCAUCCAGACCUGGAAGAGCUGCUGUCUGCUGGUCCACAGGAUCUUCCUGAUGAGUUCUUCGAAGUCACGGUGGACGAUGUGCGGAAACGCUUGGCCCAGCUGCAGAAUGAGAGGAAACGUCUGGAAGAAGCUCCCUUCAUGACAAAAUCUUUGAGAGAAGCUCAGAUGAAGGAGAAGUUAGAGCGCUACCCAAAGGUCGUGCUUCGAGUCCAAUUCCCAGACCGUCAUGUUCUGCAAGGGUUCUUCCGCCCUAGUGAAACUGUUGGCAUUUUGAGAGACUUUGUGAGAAGCCACCUUGCAGAUGCAGAGCUGCCAUUUUACCUGUUUAUUGCACCUCCCAGAGCCAUCUUGAGUAAUGAGAAUGAAACCCUCUUCCAGGCUAACCUCUUCCCAGCAUCUGUCAUUCACUUUGGAUCUGAGGAGCACAAAGAUUGUUACUUGAGAGCAGAACUGCUGGAGUCCGCAGUGUCCCCUUCCACAGCUGACUUGCUAGUAGCUAGAAGCUUGUCCAAAUCACUAGUCCCUUCUGCUCCACCAGCUUCAGAAACAGCUGUUCCAUGCCCAGUUGAGCCAGAGGAGACAGAUGAGAAAAGAACUGCUGAGAACCCAGAACCAGCAAGAGCUGCUGAAGCUUCACAGCCAGUGAGAAGGCCCCCUGAAAAAGUACCAAAGUGGCUGAAGCUGCCAGCUGGGAAGAGAUGAAACAUCCCAGGUGCUAAGCCUGCAAGAUUACUUGGCUGGACUGAGAAGCAGCAGAAUCAAUUGGACUUCUUUCCAAAUAAACUGCUACAAAGUUUGUAAUAAACCAUUGGUGGUCCUGGAGAGACCUGAACAACAUGCUUUAUUUCUUAAAAAAAUAAAAUAGAAUAACUAUUUCAUGUUGCUAAUUCUAUCCUGUUGGGAGCAGACAAAGUCCCAUGUGUUGUAACACUGUUUGCCUAGCAAUAAAAGCAGGAUCAGAAGGAGAAACUCAAGGUGUCCUAUAUGCAUGUAAUCUGAAAGGAGCAGGUAGAGAGAAUUCUUCCUAGCCAUCCCUUGACUGCUGACUUUGCUUCUAUAGGUGUUUGACACUCAAGCCUUCUCUCUGAUUUCUGUCUUCAGAGGUUAUCUGCAGCGGUAUGGCUGCUCUGCUACCUGGAACAAGACCUUAGUGCUGAAAUCAGCUGCACAAUUUCACCUACAGCUGUAAAGUGUUGCUCUGAGCUUGGCUGAUCCCUAUGGUGUGGCAGUGGCUACUGCUGCUGGUUGUCCUGCAGGAGCUGUUUAGAUAAUUCACAAUUUAGUGAGUGGCUUUUGUUGAGAACUUCCUGGUUCAUUGUACUUGUCUGUUUUC